AUGUCAUUUGAAAUCACAAUUCUUGGGUCAUCAGGGGGUCCAUUAGAAGGAAGCACUUGUUCAAUACUAUUAAAGCCGGCAAACAUCUCUUAUCAUGACAUCAUCAAUGAUAAUCUACCUGAUCAAUUAUUAUGCAUCGAUGCUGGAUCAGGUAUGGGUAAACUAACCGAGAUUAUUCAUCAAGAAACUACAACUAAAACUUCAUAUUGCAAUUUUCUUCAAUAUUAUCCCGAUUGUGAGACAGUAUCCUACUAUUAUCAUCCUGAUAUAGCCAUAACCACCCCAUUUUCCAAUUUUCAACCAGGUAGACCGAUUCUACAUACCCAAAAGGUUUUCAAUAAUUUACAAAACUACCUUAUUUCCCAUUCCCAUCUAGAUCAUGUUUGUUCAGUAGUGAUAAAUUCUGCGGGAUUUAAUAAAAAUGUACUGAAUAAAACUUUAUAUGGAUCUCAUUACACGAUCAACUCGAUGCAGAAGCAUUUGUUCAAUGGGAAAAUUUGGCCCAAUAUGCCUAGUUUCAAAAUAGUCAACUUGAACUAUUUGGAAAGCAACAGAAGUGAAAGAAUAGGGAUAUAUACAGUAAGAAUGUUUGAUUUGAGUCAUGGCGAGUUCAACAAAUUGACUGAAGAAAAAGAAGAAGCACAACAUCAUAUUAAUAGCAACAGUAAUAACAUCUGGAAGAAGCGUUAUGACCGCAGGCGAUCUUCUAUUACCACCAUCCCUGAAAACACCAGUGGUUUGAUUAUAAAGAAUUCCGAGGCCUUGAACCAUCAUUAUUUAUCAUCAGCAUUUUUGAUUACACUAGACGUGCCAGAACUGACCAUCACAAAAGAAAACCCGCCCAGUAUAUUAAUAUUUGGAGAUUUUGAAAGUGAUUUAACCAGUAAAUUGUCCCGUAACUUAUUUAUUUGGAAAAACAUAGCACCACUAAUAUUGAGAAACCAGAUGAAAGCAAUCGUACUAGAGUGUUCGAAUUGUAUAGAGAUUGACGCCAAUGAACUUUAUGGCCAUUUAACACCAAAAUUAUUGAUUUAUGAAUUGAAGCAAUUGGCUCAUGAAUGUAAACAAUUAGACACCACCACCAAUAUUGAACAACCAUUAUUAGGGUUAAAUAUAAUUGUCAACCACGUCAAAGAACCCAUUACCGAUCCAAAUGAAGAAAGCCAAUUGCACGAUCCAAGAAAAAGGAUUUUAACUGAGUUGAAUAAAUUAAAUGCAGUAGAAAAAUUGGGGUGUAAUAUCUCAAUUGCUCUUAGUGGCACCUCAAUUAUGGUAUAA